AUGGAGCUGCUGUCUCUGAGCUUGGGGCUGGAGGGAACUCAUGUCCUCAUCACCGGCGCAGGUGGAUACAUUGGCCGGGCGUGCGUGGCGGCAUUUCUCUCUGCCGGAGCCUACGUGACGGCAUUGGACCUCAGUGCCGCGAAGCUGGACAAUCUAGGCGCCCACGCCAACCUCUUCAAAGUCACGGCGGAUAUCACGAACGAAACCCAGCUCGAAUCGGCUUUUACAGAUGCCCACGCCAAACACGGAGUGGUUGCGUGCUGCAUCGCACUCGCAUCGCUUGACCUUCAUGUGCUGAAGCAUUACCAAAGCAUCGCAGACAUGGAAACCGAGAACCUACGGCAGACGCUGCAGGUAAACGUCGAAGGGACCUUUUUUACCGCACGGGCUUGGCUGAGGAAUAUCAAAGCACUCGCCACCCCGGACACCAAGAACGUUUCCUUGAUCCUAGUGGGAUCAGAAUCCGGGCACUUUGGAGAGCGCGGGAAUCCGGAUUACGCGGCCAGCAAAUCGGCAGUCCAGUAUGGGCUCCUUCGCAGUCUGAGCGCGGAUGUCCCUCGCGUGUUCAAGGCUGGCCGCGUGAAUGCAGUUGCGCCGGGGCCCGUUGACACGCCGGCGUUUCAAGAAGAAUGUAGCCAAAAUCCAGGACAGCUGUGGCUCGAUUCUCAAGCAACCACUGCGACUGCUCAGCCGGUCCCAGAAGAGGCGGUGGCCAAGGGGGUCAUCUUCCUGGCUAGCGAGGCCUUUAGUGGAAGUAUUAUGGGACAGAUUCUCAACAUUGACGGGGGGAAGCAAGGCAAGGUGCUGUGGACGAAGGAUGAAGUUGAGAUGAGAAUGUCAAGAGAAACAUAA